AUGAUGAAGCUCGCAAAACGGCCCAAGCCCGCGAAAAUAAGAUCAUACAACAAACCACCAAUUAAAGUGAUCCUCAAGAGCUACGAGAAGUACUUACUACUUUUUAUAAAAAUAGAUGCAGGCACCAUCUCCCCGCAAGAGUGUGUACAUGGCAAUGAUGCCUCGGAACGAGAGCCGCGAGUUGUAGAACCACAGAGUAUAAGUUGCAGGCUUCUAAAUGGUAGCGACCAGUCAGUCCCAAAUCACUGGCAAAUGGCCCAAACAGAGAUCUUUCAAUGCCAAGCGGACCACGCUUGCUUCCCCAUCGGGGAGGUAGAGCUACCAACACGACUCGUCGACCUCAGUAAUCACGCUAACAACUUGAUCACGAUCAAAAACACAGCAGAAGUUGGCAAGAAUAUCAAAUACGCCGCCUUGUCAUACUGUUGGGGCAAAUCGAAUACGUUCACAAUCACUUCGGCGACAUUGGCCGACCGACAGCAAGGAUUCUCUCCUUCGGCACUGCCUCUCAGUCUGCAAGAUGCUCUUCGAGUAGCGCAAGGACUCCAUAUGCAGUACAUUUGGAUCGAUGCAUUAUGUAUCCUCCAAGACUCUGACGAAGAUUGGUUGUAUGAGUCGGCCAGAAUGGCCAGUAUCUACAAGAACUCUUUCAUCACAAUAGUCGCAGCCAAUGCCCCAGACUCCGACGAUGGCUUCUUUUCUAUAGCCGCGCAUCAAUGCCAGAUUCCUGUCAAGCCUCCACACGAGGAUACCCAGAACACAUCAGUCAUUCUAGACACCAGCGUUCAGUUCAAAGACGAGCCUAUCAGUCGCCGGGCAUGGGCUCUCCAAGAAUGGGAACUGGCUCCUCGGCGGCUGCUUUUUACUUCCUCCAGGAUCCAUUACAUCUGUCCUCAUUCUUCGCUUGACAAGAUCAAGAUGAAACCUUUCUUUCCCAUGUCGCUACUUGGCGGGCCUAUGGCAGAAGCAGCUGGAGAGAAGUUUGCUUUGGCGGCAGGGAGGGGCACUAGAUAUUUUCUUGCCCAAAUCUCAGAAAUCCCGACCAGAGAAAUGGGUGGCUCCGUCAUGGUCAUGGGCAUCCGUGCAAGGAUCCGUUGA